AUGGAAGAGGGAAGGCAGGGAAAUGGGCCAAUUAGUCCAGAAAGCACUUCAAAAAUCACCAUACAGCAGACAACCCCUCCUACAUUCAAUACAAUUACUACUAGUAAAGAACAAGAUCGGUUCCUUCCAAUAGCAAAUGUGGGGAGAAUCAUGAAGAAAGUCAUCCCGGGCAAUGGGAAGAUGUCGAAAGAUGCAAAAGAGACGAUGCAAGAAUGCGUGUCGGAGUUCAUUAGUUUCGUGACUGGAGAAGCAUCAGAAAAAUGCCAGCGCGAGAAGAGGAAGACCAUCAAUGGGGAUGACAUUAUUGGGGCAAUCCAAAUCCUGGGGUUCGAGGAUUAUGUGAACCCACUGAAGCAAUAUCUUAACAAGUACAGAGAACUUGACGAAGGUGAAAAGCUAAAUAUGCCUACUAGUAAUAAUAAUAAGCAGCAACACUAUGAUCCUAGUUACGACAACGUCUAUAUUGAUUCUCCCAGCUCAGCUCAGGCUUCAUUUCUAUCAACAACAGACCAAUCAUUUCGGUUGCCAACAUUUUCACAGAACUCAAUACAAUCCCACUUAUCUCAACAAGAGCAGAUUGACUCUACGGGGCAUUGGUAAACUGAUCGAUAUACAUGAUCGAAUUGUUGAAUGAUCAGCAGAUAGUACGUGUUACGAUAUCUUACACCAUCUGCUUAGGAUUUGGCACGUUGUAAUAUCUAUCUCGUGCAUAUAAAAUCACACACACACAAGCAUAUUUUGUUUAGCUAGAAGCAUACAAUACCUAAUUUGGUUGAUCUAAUUUUUUUUAAAUGUAGUCACAAAUCUGUUCACCAAAUUCUUAGGUGCACUUUGAAGUUGGUAAAAAAGGAAUUCAAAGACAAAAUAGAAGAAGAAAUAUAUACUUGACUGCCUUGAAAAGAAAGUGAGGGAAACUUCACCUUUCUCUUGAGGUGCAUCUUUACAACUUUAUAUUUAAUAACACGAGUACGUAAGCAAUUAAUGUCGUUCUUGUUAGCAAUUUUAUCUAUAAUUUGUCUCCUUGGGCUUGUUUUUCAUACUUGAGCUCGUGCAUGAUAGCUAUUGAGUCUCUUGUGUUUGUGAUAAAAUCUUGCAAAUACACAACGUGUCUCGGAGGAAUGAAAGGCUAUUAGAGUGACACAUCUACAA